AUGGAGUGCCGCGGCGUCUGUGUCGCCGUCACGGAGGGACGGCCGUUGCUGCUGGACUGUUCUGAGAAUAUGACCUCUGUUGAAAACAUGACCUUCACCUGGGAAGACAAUGCUGACUCAAAAAAGUACUUCCGGUAUUGGCAGGAGUCCACCAGAAGCCUUGCUAGAACCUACACGUGUAAGGUUGGAGGCGUGGAAGCUGUUGUGUUCAUAGUGACAGUUGAGUAUCUGGAUAACCUGGAGCUGGACGUGACCCCCUCUGACACCUGCAACGUCAACAACGUCACAGCAACAUGUGCGGUGGACAGCAACGCGGAGACGACUUUGACCAUCCACAGAGAAGACACAAACGAGACAUACACCAGUCAGGGUCAGAAUAUGUCCCGCCAGCUCGAGGUCCAGUGUGGUCAGACUGUCCGGGUCCGAUGUACAGCCACUUCCGGUCAAACAAGCAGAGUGCAGUUCAGGCAACUCAAUGUCCUGUGUGCUCCAGGUCCACACCUCGGGGAACACAGAUCCAGGUGCCCAACUCAUUGUCGGGGAACAACGUCUCAUGUGAACGUCCCAGAUCCUCUGGUCCACACCUUCUGUCUCACGCUAACCCUGUACAGGCUCCCCGUGUAUACGAUCCUCCAGAUCCACAACGAGGACGACGACGAGGACGACGACGAUGUACAGCGUUAA